GUCACCCUGUUAGUCGCUCUUUCAGGUAGCAUCACUAUGCCUGCAGCCCAGGAGUGCUUACUCUCCUCCUAACAUGUACCCACGGGUUAUUCUCAGAGGGACACUGUACAAGAAAUCUCAGCAAAAGCGAAGGACCUCACCGUGUAAUUAUAAGGAGAGGUAUUUCGUGUUAAACACUGAGGAGUUGACAUAUUCUGAGCGUCGGCCCGGGAAAAAGCCAAUUCAGAAGGGUUGCAUUGAGCUUUCCCGCAUCAGAUGUGUGGAGAUUGUACGCAGUGACCUUCCCAUACCCUGUGAAUUCAAGUAUCCUUUCCAGGUUGUCUAUGACAGCUACUAUCUUUAUGUAUUUGCACCAGACAAUGACUGCAGGUUAAAGUGGGUGAGGGCUCUUAAAGAAGAGACCAAACACAACAACGUGUCUCUGAAAUACCACCCUGAUUUCUGGGGAGAAGGAAGGUGGAGGUGUUGCAGCCUGACGGAGAAGCUCUCGCCUGGUUGCAGUGAAUACUAUCCCAGCGAAUGCGCAUCUAAAAAGCCUCUCCCUCCAACACCAGAUCCACAGAGGCGAUUCUCCAGAUCUGAGGAGAAAAUUAUGGUGGCCCUGAAGAACUUCAGUCCUCAAGAAGACACAGACAUUCCACUACACAAAGAUGAAGAGUACGUUGUGAUUGACGGUUCAGAACCCAACUGGUGGAAAGUCAAGGACAAAGAUGGAAAUAUUGGAACUGUACCUUUGCUGUACCUUACAGAGAAACUUUCAAAACACAUUGAAGAUUACGAAUGGUACAACAAGGAUAUAGCCCGCCCUGAGGCUGAGGAGUUAUUAAUGAAAGAGGACAAGGAAGGAGCUUUCAUGGUGCGCAACUCUCGGCAAGCAGGGGUCUACACAGUGUCUGUAUUUACCAAAGCCCCGGGGUCAAAUGGGGAGAAGUUUCCCAGGGUCAAGCAUUACAGGAUCAGAGAGACAGCAGAGUCCUUGUAUUAUCUGGCUGAGAAAUACCUGUUCCCCAGUAUCCCAGAACUCAUCCACUAUCACCAGCACAAUGCAGCAGGUUUGAUUACCAGGCUGAGGUACUGUGUCUCCCCAGACACAGGUAAGCAUUCCAGGACCAAGCAGCUUGUCUCCGAAAAGUGGGAGCUGGACCCCGAGGAGGUCACACGGGGCGAGGAGCUGGGUAGCGGUAAUUUCGGCCUGGUGUGGAAAGGCCACUGGAGAGGGGAGAACGUGGCCGUGAAGACCAUACGCGAGGACGCCAUGACAGAAGAGGAGUUUAAAGAGGAGGCAGAAGUUAUGAUGAAACUGUCCCACCCAAAGCUUGUGCAGCUAUAUGGUCUUUGUACCCAGCGGUCCCCCAUUUGUCUGGUGUUUGAGUUCCUGGAGAACGGCUGCCUGAGUGACUUUCUGCGUUCCCAAAGAGGCUGCCUCUCCAAGGACACUCUGCUCCAGAUGUGUCUGGAUGUGAGCGAAGCCAUGGCUUACUUGGAGAGCUCCAACUUUAUCCACAGAGACCUGGCUGCAAGAAACUGCCUGGUUUCCAAAGAUCUUAUAGUGAAGGUCUCCGAUUUUGGAAUGACAAGGUACGUCCUUGAUGACCAGUACAGGAGUUACACUACCAAGUUCCCCGUUAAGUGGUCCUCUCCGGAGGUGAUCAAGUUUAGCAAGUUCAGCAGCAAGUCGGAUGUGUGGUCGUACGGUGUGUUGAUGUGGGAGGUGUACAGUGAAGGUAAACUACCCUACGAGUGCCGCAGCAACAUGGAGGUGGUAGAGUCCCUCAACGCAGGCCAAAGGUUACUACAGCCUCGUCUCUGUCCAGAAACCGUUUACCAGCUGAUGCAGUGGUGCUGGAAAGAGAAACCUGACGACAGACCCUCCUUCGUCCUGCUUCUCCAUGAGCUGGCCUCUCUGGCAGACCCCAUGAACCCUGGCCCGUUUCCGCUGUAACGUCAAGAAUACAAAAACAUAUUGUAUAGCUUCGGAGAGUUUAUUUAUUUGUAUGUUCUAUUUAUUUUCAUGUGCAGUGCACAUGGGGGGGGGGGGGGUUCAGUAAAGCAAUCUUUCCUUUAGGGGGCACCAUUUAAUAAGACCUCAGAGAAGAAACCGUAGGUCUUAAGGGAGCGAAUUAUUCACGACUCCUAUGAAGAGCAAUCAAGCAUACCUCUUUUUUUUAGUGAAAGAGAGACACGGAAAAACAGCGUAUAAAGAAUGCAGGAGUGUAAUACUUUACCAAAUUUGUCAGACGCUAGUCACAGCGUGAGAGGGGAAAGGGCAAAUCCCAAUUUUUUUUUAGCACUUUUUGGAAAUGACAGCGUGAAGUUCUCCUGCCGCACACGAGAACUGAUACGUAUUAUCACGUUCUACGGGCGUGAUGUCCCUGCUCCCAUGUGCACACGCGCUACACCCAAUGUAUAGUGCAACCACCUGGAUCAGACAUUUUGCAUAUUAAAAUGUAAUUGUGUGCAAUUUUUAACUUUCGGUUUUCAUAUAUUGUUUUAAUAAAAACAUCUGAAAUUCA